AUGGGCUAUGUGCUGGAACACCCCCAAAUAUCUGCGCUAACCUGCGCCGAUGAUGGGCAAUGGGACGAGCAGAAGAUUCCAGUUUGUCAACCCAUUCGCUGCCCAGAUGUCCAGGUGCCGAAACAUGGAACUGUCAGCGGAACGAGCUCAAUUCUGGACAGCCGGAUUACUUUCAGCUGCCAGGAAGGAUAUCAACUGAAUGGGGAGGAGCAAAUCACUUGCAGGCCGGACGGCACUUGGUCCCAUCCAGCAAUGCCCGUCUGUGUGACUCGUUCGUGCGGCGAUCCUCCGAAUAUCGACAAUAGAUUUGCCGUCGUCCGCGGCACAGGAGUCGGUGAUACGAUUUCCUACUCCUGUCAGACCGGACAUUGCCUUUCUGUCGAAUCUAGAACAUGUUUGAGUAACAGUCGGUGGUCGGGAGAAGAUCCUGCCUGUGAUCCGGUCGUUUGUGCAGUAUCGGAAGCCCCGGAACAUGGAUCCUGGACAGUAGGUGGUUUCGUUCCGGGCUCCACCAUCCGUUUCGAAUGCAAACCGGGUUUUACUCUGGUCGGUUCCGCCACUGUAAGGUGCCUGACGGACAAAUCGUGGAGCGAUCGCCCGCCUAGUUGCCAGCUGAUUACUUGUCCACCUUUGAGAGAUCCGGAACAUGGAACUGUCCAGUUGACCAAUUGGAUUUCGGACAAUCAAGAGCUCAAUAAUCAACAGCUGGCCAUGGGUUAUCAUUCUACGGCUCACUACACGUGCAAUCGUGGAUAUCAACUAUUUGGCCCGGGUCAACGGACUUGCACGGACCAAGGAAUAUGGAGCGAUCGAGGACCACAAUGUCAAAGAGUAUGGUGCAAUGAACCUCAAGCACCAUUGCAAGGAGUUGUGAUGGGAACUGGCCGGCAAUAUGGCGAAUUGGCGACCGGGUUCGCAACGUUGUAG